CCCCCAGCGACUUCCUGAGAAUCCGCUGCUGUCAGCUUGCUCGAAGCAGUUUCUUCCCUGCACCCAGCACCUAACAGCGCUUCAGCGUCCGCCCGGCUGGGCGGCCAGCUAGGCAACUGUCUCUGGAGCAGCCCAUGUCUGGCACUGGCGAAGCCCUAGCUCCUGAGCCCCAGCAUGGGGCCGAAGCGGGUGACGGUCGCCUGGGCUCCCUGGCCCAGGAAAAAUGUGAUAAAGAAAAUACUGAGAGAGAUGUAACUCAAGCCACCGGUAGCUGCCUCACACAUGGAGAAAUGCAAGACCGGUCCAUUUGGGGAAAUUGUUCAGAUGAUGAACUCAUCGUAACGCAACCUCAGUGCUUGCCUCAACUUCAGACUUCAGCACAGGAACCAGUUGAGGAAGGAAUAGGCAAGAUAAAGAACUGCCACAAAAGUCUGAGCAAUGGAAAUGGAAUUCAUCAUGGGACCAAAACUAUAUCUGCAGAUAGUCGAAGACUCUCAGCUCCCGUUUCUCAAAAAAUGCAUAGAAAAAUUCAGUCCAGCUUGUCUGUAAAUAGUGAUAUCAAUAAGAAGAGUAAAGUAAAUGCUGUCUUUUCCCAAAAGCCAGGCUCUUCACCUGAAGAUUGCUGUGUGCACUGUAUCCUGGCCUGCUUGUUCUGUGAAUUCCUGACCCUCUGCAAUAUUGUCCUUGGGCAAGCUUCAUGUGGUAUCUGCACCUCAGAAGCCUGCUGCUGUUGCUGCGGGGAUGAAAUGGGAGAUGACUGUAACUGCCCUUGUGACAUGGAUUGUGGCAUCAUGGAUGCCUGUUGUGAAUCAUCAGACUGUUUGGAAAUCUGUAUGGAAUGCUGUGGAAUUUGUUUUCCUUCAUAAAUAUCUUUUGUUUGUGUUAAAACUGGGGAGUGUUUUAAAAAAAAUUGUUAAGGGAGAAGAAAAGCACAUGGUAAGAUUAUCAUGAAGGAAGCAACCAAGUGUUUGUUGUAAAUUAACAUAUGUUAAAUGUUAAUUUAACAUAUUUAAAUUAAUCUCUGAAAGCUUUUUUCCCCUCUAACCAAAUCUGCAUGGUUUAAUAUGUGAAAUUUUAACUACUUUUAAACUUCUUAAUAGAAAACAAUAACUAAGAGACAUUUUGACCAAAAAAAGCUAAAUGUCUCCCCUUUUUCAUACAUAUUUCUGUUUCUUUUAAUCAUUCUCAGGAGCCUCUUUCUCCAAAUGCAUUAUUUCUCAGUGGGUACUACAACCAGACUUUUUUUUUUAAUGUGUAUCUAUUAAUGGUUAAUAGUAAAUAUUUUUACUUUAAACUUUGGGAAAUAAAUACAAACAAUAGUUGGACACCCAGUGUUUAUCUGCAUGCUCUGUUUGCCACUUUCUCCAUUUGUUCAGCAGACAUUGAGUGCCUACUGUGUAUCAUCUCUUGCUGAGAUGCUGAGAUGGAUGUCAUUCAUUUUCCAACCACAAGAGAAUAUAUUUUAGCAGAGGAAAGAGACCUGUAAAAUAUGAACCACAAGGCAUACCAAAGUGAAGAUUAUGAGAGACUCAAAAGGCUAUAUGAAUAAACAGAAAAGAACAGUUGGAAUAUAGUAUCUGUUGGAAUAUUCAAAAGUCUUUAAGAAGAAUGUGACAUUUGAGGAAUGCUCUUGAUUCAU